AUGCUAACCUCGCCGCCGAAGAGCGCAAAAGGUUCGGCUGCAGGUAAGACCGAAACACACGACACAAAUGUCAUCGAUGCAUCCCUUCCGCAUCUCAACAAGGCGCAGCAGCUAGCAGAGCUCAUCGCCUCUGAGCCUGAACGACUGGCCAACGGCGAUGCUUCUGUCUCCGCCCUCUCAGUAGACGCACUCAAACAGCUCUUCGAUUACUCUGUUCAAUCUGAAAAACAUGCUGUUCCCUCUAUCUGCUCCUUCAUCGAGACUGUCACACCCAAAGCAGAGCUGCUCGAGCAAAGAGCUUCACGCUCAGCCGGCAAGCGCAAGCGUGGGCAGGCUACCGCUGCUCCUCCACCUCUCUUUGAAGGCACACCACUAGAUGAGCUCGUUAUUGACCACAUGGACUCGCGCCAGCUUUGGGAGCAGAUUGACCUCAAAGCCGCAAAGAUGUCCAACAUCGUCGAACGCUACUUUGCGCAAGGUCUCAUUCGAGAAGAAGAGGAGGAGGACAAAGAGGAAGAGGAAGAAGCUAGCAACCGAGCUGUUCCAUCACGUACACGAGCGCGCAGAGAUGACGAUGAUGACGAUGAGGAACAGGAUGAUCAAGACGAGUCAGACGACUAUGACAACGAUGAGGACAUGGACCCUGAAGAGGAAAAGGCCCGUCUAAGCCAGCUCAGCGAUGCCGAGCUCCGCGCUUUCGGAAUCGACCCCGCCUACCGCGAUCAGCUCCUCGCCGACCUUGAUCAGGAGUUCAAUGAUGAAGACGAGUCCGACGAAGAAGGCUCUCCGUACGCAGGUGCAUCCGACAUCAGCGACGCUGAUCCCACCCAAGUCUUCUACGAGCCUCUCAAAACAGAGGCCGAGCAGCUCCGGCGCAAGGAAGAGCAGGAGUCCGGCAUGCUUCCACGUCUACGCUCACAAGUCGACGAGGAUGACGACAGCGAGGAUGACGAAGAGGUCGAUGAGGAUGGCGACUCCGACGUAGAGGAUGAUGAUGAAGAAUCCGAGGAUGCAGGUAGUCGCCCAAAGGCACGCAAGAACAGCGCCGGCAUUCCGGAAUCCUUGCUCGAAGAUCUCGACCGACCUGGCAAGUCGGUACAGCGCCGCACCAAGCGUCAUCCAACGCUCGAUGAUGACUUCUUCUCCAUAGACGAGCUUAAUCGACAACUCGACGAACAGGAUGCCGAAGAGCAAGCGGAUCCUGCCGACAAUGACGAUAAUGACAACGAUGACCUCACAGAUCAGGUCGACCUCUAUAAGCCACUUCCUGGCGGUGAUGGUCUCGGCGAUGACGAAGAGGAAGAAGAUUCGGAAGAGGGUUCGAGAAUGGUGGAUGCUGCUGAUGCUCAUUAUGCAGACUUCUUCUUGCCUCCAACAAAGGCUGCCAAGUUCAACAAGAAGUUCGGAAAGCGCAAAGCUUCUGCCAGGUUCGCCAAAGAAGACGCUGCUGGCGACAACGACGAUGAGGAAGAAUCUGAUGAAGAGGAGGAAGAGGCAUCGCCAAGCAAGAAGCACGUCCGCGUUUACGAGGAGCCGGAUCGAAAGCGCAGCAUUCGAUUCAACGACACUAUCGAGUACCGUCGCAUAAAGCCACGCAAGAAGUCAUUAGACGACUACACGCCAGAUGUACUCCGAAUGCUCGGCGCAUCCCAGGAUGAUGUCGAUGCUGCACAUGAGUAUAACGAAGACAUGGACGAGGAUGUCGGAGAAAGCAGUGAUGAUGAGCAAGAUGAUGACGAUAUGGAGAUGGAUGAGGUCGAGUCUGAGACUUCUUCUGUCGGACGUCAGGAAAGCGACGAUGAAGGAGAAAGCAAAUAUUUGGACGAGGAAGAAAAAGAAGCUCAAAGUCGAGACGAGGAAGCCGACAAAGAUGACGAAGAGGAAGAAGAUGCGGAAGAUGAUGAUGACGUCAACACAGCCCGUCGCGUUGCUGGCGACCUGUUCGCCGAUAGUGACGACGAGGCCGACUCAAAGGACAAGCUUUCUACCCAUGAAAAGCGAGUUGCUGCCCUGAAGCAAGAGAUUGCUCGACUUGAAGACGAGAAUGUCGGCAAGAAGGACUGGACUCUGAUGGGUGAGAGCAGCACCCGCGCCCGUCCACAAGACAGUCUUCUCGAGCAAGAUCUCGAGUUUGAGCGUGCAGCCAAGGUAACACCGCAAGUGACCGAGGAGAUGACCGAAUCCAUCGAGGAUCUCAUCAAGCGUCGUAUCCUCGAACGCAACUUCGACGACGUCAUCCGUCGUCGAGAGAUGGAAGCUCUUCCGUUGCUCCCCUCUCGCUUGCUAGAACUCUCGGACAGCAAGAGCGCCAAGAGUCUCGCCGAGCUCUACGAAGAAGAGUACCAAAACGCACGCGGUGCUGACGGCGAAGACGGUGCACCCGUCGCCGAAGCCGAUGCCAAGUUGCAAAAAGAGCACGAAGAGAUCUCAAAACUGUACGACGAUAUCUUCAACAAGCUCGAUGCUCUCUCCAACGCCCACUUCACACCCAAAGCACCCAAAGCCACUAUCCAGACGCUCACCAAUGCGCCAUCUGUUUCGAUCGAAACCGCCCUUCCAGCGACCGCAUCAUCGAGCACGAUGCUGGCACCAGAAGAGGUGUACGAGCGCUCUCGUCACUCUACCGCUAUGGAAGGUGCCAAAUCCGAGAUGACACCCGAAGAGAAGCAACGAUUGCACAACAAGCUUCGCCAGGAAAAGCGACAGCGCAACGAAAAGAUUCAGGAUACACGCAAGGCUCUCGAAAUGUCAGGCCUCGUACGUGCCAAGAAAGUCAAUGAGAAGGAAGAAAAGCAGCAAGCACUCAAGAAGUUGGUGGGAAACCGUGGUGUUUCGGUUAUUGGAAAGGAUCCGAAUGCUGCUGGGGCGGGAACGGGAAAGAACAGCAAGAACAAGGGCAAAGGUGGUGCGGCAAAUGGCAUCAACGGUUCGGCAAAACCUACUUCGGGAAACCAGUUCAAGUUGUAG